CCCAAUUUUCUCCCCCCAAAUUUCUCAUCUCCAUCUCCAUCUCCAAAUCUCAAAAAUUAGGUUUACCAGAAUCAAGUUUCCCAUCUUGCCGUUCUCGUAAAUUUCAGGAGCAGAUCUGAUAUUUUUGUUGUGAAUCGGUGUUUGUAAUGGGCUGACUUGAGCGGCAGAAAAGCGGUGGUGGUAUUGCUGAAUCUCUCAAUUCCGAUCUAUUAGAUCGGGUGUUGAAAAAACAAAAUCAUCUUAUUCAAAUCUGAUUGAAAUCAUUAUGUCUUGCUGCGGCGGAGGGGGAUUGAUGGAAUUUGGAAGAAUCGGUAGUGAAACUAGAAUGACAAAGAUGAAUAAACCUUCUUUAGAUAAACCGCCUUCAAAUAAUUCAUGUUCUCAUCUUCUUAAACAUAAUCGUCGUGGUAAUCUUAGUUAACAUUCGGCCUCUUUUAAUCUCAGCUCUCAAAAUAGUAUUUCGUUUUCGUUUAUUAUUCGUUCGCUCUUUUGUCUUUCGGAUUCUCUGUGUUUGAAUUGCGUUUGUCGAGGAAUUCAAGCUUGAGAUCUAGCUAAAAGGAGGAGGAAUUACACGGUUUUCUUCUCUCUUUGGUUUUCUAUUGGAUUUAUUUUUCUUAGUUGUUUCGUUUAUUCGCCUGGGUGGAUCUUUGCUUCUGGUUAUUGAGGAUUAUUAAGUUAUAUUUGAGUUAUUUGCAGAUUUGUGUAGUGGAAGCUUUGUUUUUAUCAACUAUGGGAGAUUCUUCUCCUAGUGAGGACUCGGAUUCAGAAUAUGUAAAUAGCCUUCAUGACUUGGACCAAUUACAUGAAGAUUACAGUACGCAAUGCACUUUUACUGAAAAUAGUACUUUUGAAGACUACAUGUUAGGAGAUCUAAUACCUGGACUCUCUAAUGAACUGCAUUUGCAAGACACUGGUGAAGUAAUAUCAGAUACUGAUACAAGCUCGGAUGAUAUCAGUGAAGUAUGUGCCUUGACCAGGUCGGCAACAUUUCCAGGCUCCACAAAAGAGAUGCCCGAUGACGGAUCUCGUGAAGCUAGUGAAAAUCCACCUUACAAUCGCUCAAUGUCUUUGCCUGUUCCGUUAAAAUCAGCCUUGAAAGGUGGUCGCGAGAAAUAUGGAAUGCCUCAGAAGAAACUGACAGUGACUUGGGCUGAUGAUGUAUAUGACCCACCUGUUACGCUAGUGUCGCAUUCAGUGAAGGGUGGCCACAGCCAUCACCGAUCUUCUAGAUCUAGCAGGAAGAGCAGCAGCAGUAGCAGCAAUAGCAGCAAGCACAAACACAAGGGAGGAAAAUCUUCGUCACGAAGCAGCAGUAGCAGCGAUACCCACAAAAAGCAUCACCACCACCGUAAGCAUAGCGGCAGCCACUCUGAACCACGUGCAAGGCCAGUUGAAUGCAGAGAUAGGUUGACUCCUCUCUUGAAUGCUAUGAAUCAUAGCGGAGGCCACUCUGAAUCACGUGCAAGGCCCGUUGAAUGCAGAGAUAGGUUGACUCCUCUCUUGAAUGCUAUGAAUCGUCGAUCAACUGCUGAACUUGCAGACUUUUCUCUUAGUGCUCGCACUCGUUCUUUGCCGGAUAACACCAAGUGUGGGACAAGUUAUUUCAUGAAGUCUUUGACGGAAUUGCAUUUACCAGUUGCUGAGGCCACAUAAACAUUAUAUAUGAGUUAUGACAUGUAUAUGUUACUUUGAGUCUCCGUCUCAGUUUUCUUUCUCUCCUGCGGCUUUUAUCUGAUCAUGCACGUCUUUUUCUUAUGUUUGGGUCGGUGGCAAACUUACUCAUUUUAUUACGUACAUACUGUAACUGAAUACGUGAAAAUGGCUACUGAUUAUGGUUUUUAAUAAUGGUAAUAAACAAGUUUUGAAAUGUUGUAAUGUGAAAUUUGGUUA